UCCCUUUAUCAGUUCUGACUCAGGACAGUUGUGGGGGGUCUGAAGCAGCUAAUUUUUGUGUCUUGGAUGUGGGGGGGUGUUGUAAAGGCGGAAUCCACUGACCAUUGGCUCUGCGACUUCGGAAUCAUGGUGUAGCAAAAAAAAAAAGGAGUUUUGCAGCGGAGACUGUACAGCUUUGCGUAUUAGAAGAAAGAAAAGGGGCGGGGGGGGAGACCAUGGUCUCAAAACUGACUCAUCUUCAGGUGGAACUAUUGGGAGCCCUUCUGGAAUCAGGGCUAAGCAAGGAGACUCUUAUCAAAGCCUUGAGUGAGGCAGACCCCUACAACGAGAGUCAACAGCCCGCUAACACUUCCCAAGCGGACAAACAGGAAACCCGUGCAGAAAUCGCAGUUCUUGCCAAUGGAAUGGGGGAGUCUCGGAUGUCUGAAGAUGAAACAUCUGAUGAUGGGGAAGACUUCACUCCUCCAAUAAUGAAGGAAAUUGAAAACCUGAACCCAGAGGAGGCUGCUCACCAAAAAGCGGUGGUGGAGAGAUUAUUACAAGAGGACCCCUGGAGAGUAGCUAAAAUGGUGAAGUCCUACCUACAACAGCACAAUAUCCCCCAACGGGAGGUAGUAGACACCACAGGCUUAAAUCAAUCCCACCUCUCACAGCAUCUCAACAAGGGCACUCCCAUGAAAACUCAGAAGAGAGCUGCCCUCUACACCUGGUACGUCCGCAAGCAGCGAGAGGUGGCCCAGCAAUUUACACAUGCCGGUCAAGGCAUGAUGGUGGAAGAUUCAAUGGGAGAUGACUUACCAACCAAGAAAGGCAGAAGGAAUCGCUUCAAGUGGGGUCCAGCUUCACAGCAAAUCCUCUUUCAAGCCUAUGAGAGACAGAAGAAUCCUAGCAAGGAGGAACGAGAAGCAUUGGUGGAGGAGUGUAAUAGGGCAGAGUGCAUUCAGCGAGGCGUCUCUCCUUCCCAGGCCCAAGGGCUGGGCUCAAACCUGGUCACUGAAGUGAGAGUUUAUAAUUGGUUUGCCAACCGCAGGAAGGAGGAGGCUUUCCGGCACAAGCUAGCCAUGGACAGCUACAAUGGCGCACAGCCCAACUCUGCUCCCACCCUGGCUGUGCACAACUCCUCCCUCCAGCCAGCAGCACCUCUCUCGCCAAACAAAGUCCAUGAUCAAGUUUCCCUGCAGCAACAAAACCUCUCCUUUUCUGAUUCUGGAAUGAGGUACAGUCAGCAACCGGUCAGUGAAACAGAUUCAUCUAAUGGCAACCAACAUGGAGGGAAUAAUUCCAUCGUGACGACCCAGACCAUCCUGCAUCAAGUCUCUUCCCCUGGUCUGUGUUCAGCUGGAUCAGGCUCAUCUGCAGAUACUAAGCUGAUCUCCAUUCCCGGGGGCUCUCUUCCUCCAGUUAGCACCCUGACGCACAGCCUGGAGCAAAACCCCCUUGCACUGAGCCAGCAAACCCAGAAUCUCAUCAUGGCAUCCCUUCCUGGAGUGAUGGCAAUUGGACCAGGAGACACAUCUUCAUUAACACCAACGUUCACUAAUACAGGAACCUCCACACUGGUAAUUGGCCUGGCCUCCACCCAAGCUCAGAGCGUCCCUGUGAUCAACAACAUGGGAAGCAGCCUCACCACCCUUCAACCUGUCCAGUUCCCCCAGCAGCUGCAUCCAUCUUACCAGCAACCUAUUAUGCAACAAGUCCAAAGCCAUCUCAACCAGAGCCCGUUUAUGGCCACCAUGGCCCAGAUCCAGGCUCCACACACUCUCUACAGCCACAAGCCAGAGAUGACACAGUAUACCCACACUGGCCUUUUGCCACAGACCAUGGUGAUAACAGAUACAGCCAACCUCAGUGCACUGACCAGCUUGACGCCAACCAAACAGAUAUUUUCAUCGGACUCGGAGACCCACACAGAGGCUGGAAUGCACACACCGCCAACACAGGCCUCAACCAUCCACUUGCAAAGCCAAGAGUCCACCAUUCAGCACCUUCAGCCAAGCCACACCCUCUCCUCAAGUCCUGCAGUCUCCUCCAGCAACCUGGUACUUUACCAGACCUCUGACUCCACCAACAGUCACAGCCACUUGCUACCAUCAUCUCAUGGUGUUGUAGAGACUUUCAUCUCGACACAGAUGGCAUCCUCCACUCAGUAACCAUGGUGACCAGAUAAUUGAUCCUAAAGAGUAAAGUACCCGGAGCUCCAGGCUUUACCCAUGACGCUUCCCAUGGAGGAGGGAGGAUCAGCAGACAUCCACCUGAGCAGAUGUUUCUUCCGUCUCCUCCACUUGCAGUAUACAUGGCCCAUUCCACAGUCCAAGAACAUACCUGUGCCAGGUGCAAAUAUAUACAAAAGGAAAACACGUACUGCCAUGUGUCUUUUCAAACAGGUGAUAUUCUUUGCUCUACAGUAAAUCUCUUUUCAAGGUAGGACUAAGAAAAAAGAGAUCAGUUUUUGCUGUUUCAAUGGGUCAAGGAAGAGCCAGUCAGCCUCACAGCAGUCAGCCUCACAGCUGCAGAAAAAGGAAGGCUGGCCUAGAACAGCCGGAAAAGAAGGUCCUCCUUCACACACAUUAAUGCUUUUGGCAAGCCAAGCUGGUCUUUUUCUGUGGGCAGGUACUACAAAACAGCUUACUUGUUCAGAGCUGCAGCAGAACACAGCAUAAGUCCAGGGCCAUGGCAUUUCUUGUUGUCAGGCCUCAGCCCAUAGUGACUUGAGCAGAUAUGAUGAAGUAGC